GUAACGUGAUGGCGGCCACUGAAAUAGCUCGGCAAGCGGGAGAGGGGGCACGUACCCUUCCACUUUCUGGCCAUGUUGGCUUCGACAGCAUGCCCGACCAGCUGGUUAACAAGUCUGUCAACCACGGUUUCUGCUUCAACAUCCUCUGUGUUGGGGAGACAGGACUUGGGAAGUCUACGCUCAUGGACACUUUGUUCAACACCAAGUUUGAGGGUGAGCCUAAUCAACACAACCAACCUGGAGUGCAGCUCAAGUCCAACACUUACGAGCUCCAGGAGAGCAACGUGCGUCUGAAGCUGACCAUCGUCAACACCGUAGGUUUUGGAGACCAGAUCAACAAGGAGGACAGUUACAAAUCCAUCGUGGAGUUCAUCGACACCCAGUUUGAGGCCUACCUCCAGGAGGAGCUGAAGAUCAAACGUACCCUGCACAGCUACCAUGACACGCGUGUCCACGCCUGCCUGUACUUCAUCGCCCCCACCGGACACUCCCUCAAGUCCCUCGACCUGGUCACCAUGAAGAAACUGGACAGCAAAGUAAACAUUAUUCCCAUCAUUGCCAAAUCAGAUGCCAUCUCCAAAAGUGAACUCACCAAGUUCAAAAUUAAAAUCACCAGUGAACUGGUCAGCAACGGUGUCCAGAUCUACCAGUUCCCCACGGACGAUGAGACAGUUGCCGAGAUCAACUCCACCAUGAAUGGGCAUUUGCCGUUUGCAGUGGUGGGAAGCACUGAGGAAGUGAAGAUUGGGAACAAGAUGGUGAAAGCGCGGCAGUACCCGUGGGGAACCGUUCAGGUGGAGAACGAGAGCCACUGUGACUUUGUGAAACUGAGAGAGAUGCUGAUCAGGGUGAACAUGGAGGACCUGCGGGAGCAGACACACACCCGUCACUACGAGCUGUACCGACGCUGUAAACUGGAGGAGAUGGGCUUCAAAGACACGGAUCCCGACAGCAAACCUUUCAGUCUCCAGGAGACAUACGAGGCCAAGAGAAAUGAGUUCAUGGGUGAGCUGCAGAAGAAAGAGGAGGAGAUGAGGCAGAUGUUUGUCCAGAGAGUCAAGGAGAAGGAAGCAGAGCUGAAAGAGGCAGAGAAAGAACUCCAUGAAAAGUUUGACCGUCUCAAGAAGCUGCACCAGGAUGAAAAGAAGAAACUGGAGGACAAGAAGAAGGCUCUGGAUGAUGAGCUGAAUGUGUUUAAGCAGAAGAAGACGGCUGCUGAGCUCCUGCAAUCCCAGGCUCAGCAGGCAGGGGGCUCCACCACACUCAAGAGGGAUAAAGAGAGGAAAAAUUCAGGAUUCCUGUAGAAAGUGCUCUCCCAACCAGCUGUGAAUGAAUUCUCUUCCACCCCUCCUGAGCCAUGCUGUUCCUUGUUACCCUCCUCUCCCCCUUUUUU